UAGACGGAUUACUCCGGCGCCUCCGGGGGGCGGUGGAGGGGGAAGAAGAGCCACGACCGUUCGCGGCCGGAUCUCGUUCCGCUGCUCACCCCCAGGCGAGACGCACCCCAAAUACACACAGCUCAUGUAAAGACAUCUACCACCUGAUAACGGCAUACUCAAUACACCCUGCACACCUUCACACACACGAUAGCCUGAACGUCAAGGCAGGCAAUCAUAAUGAACGCCAUCACUACACGCACACUGACACAUCACUCAAAGCCACAGACAUCGCACGCAAACACCUCAAACAGCGACUGGCGCCUAGUGGACAUGCCCCACUGCAAGAUGGACGGCACUAA